UUGAAACAACGAAAAUUUGUUAGUAGAGGCUAGAUUUGGGUGUUCUAUCUAUCCAUGGGUGACGUACAUAAUUACACAUCGCUACUACGACUGCGAAGCUCAUUUGAUACCCAAUUAUUGUGGUAACGGUUCCACUAAAGCGCCAUAUAAUAAUGUAAGAAACUGGCCAGUUUUACAAAUAAAAUCAGAUUUAUUCAGUUAUGAUUGUAUGCGGACCUUGAGCGCUCCGUGUUGAGACCUUCAUGCCGGUAACUGCGCGGAAGUUUGGUUCGCGUUUUUUGUCAGUUUUGUGCUCGUUGAAUUUUAGCACGCAUUAGUCACAAGUUAACCUUCGGUGCUGCUGCUCGCCGAGCACUGACGACGCGUUGCACCGAUACACAGUGCAAUAUCAGCCGCUAUCGCAAUGUCAUAACGUCUUUGUCCGUGCCGAUUUCGCGUUGUACAUUUCCCGCGGCUUCUGCGCACGGUAUUGUCCAUAACUUGUAUCAUUUGUCGACCGCGGCUCGUGUGGGUCGGUCCUAAGCGUAUUUUUAAAUUGUAGAUCUGUUUGUGAACAAGUGUCGUGGUGUAAUCUCAUGGUGACUCGUAGUUUUUGUAUCACGUUUUGUGUAUUUGUGAUGUGAGGAUGUUAGUGCGGUCAUGUCGAGUGUGGCGAAGAAAGACAAGCCGACGAUGUCAGUGACUGCGCUGAUGCAGUGGGCACGGCCGGGGCCCCCGGGCCCCCCGGCGACACCAACGCCUGCCCCCAUACUACAGUCGCCUGGCACACCAACAAACGUCGAUUUCUCAAUCGACAUGCAAUGGCUGAACCUGGAGCCGGGGUUUAUGUCGCCAAUGUCACCGCCUGAGAUGAAGCCAGACACAGCAAUGUUGGAUGGCGGGAUGCGAGAUGAUGCCACAUCUCCGCCCGCGUUGAGGAAUUAUCCCCCAAAUCAUCCUUUGAGUGGAUCAAAACACCUGUGCUCAAUAUGUGGUGACAGGGCGUCAGGCAAACACUAUGGGGUGUACAGUUGCGAAGGCUGUAAGGGUUUCUUUAAAAGGACAGUACGGAAAGAUUUGACAUACGCGUGUCGAGAAGAAAGGAAUUGUAUCAUAGACAAGCGGCAAAGGAAUCGAUGCCAGUUUUGUAGAUACCAAAAAUGUCUCGCGUGCGGCAUGAAGAGGGAGGCCGUACAAGAAGAGAGGCAGAGGGCCGCUAGAGGGGCAGAGGAUGCGCAUCCAAGUAGUUCUGUACAGGAGCUAUCGAUCGAAAGGUUAUUGGAGAUGGAGUCUCUGGUGGCUGACCCCAGUGAAGAGUUCCAGUUCCUUCGAGUGGGCCCCGAGACAAACGUUCCGCCUCGAUAUAGGGCUCCCGUUUCCAGUUUAUGUCAAAUAGGUAACAAGCAAAUAGCGGCUUUAGUAGUGUGGGCACGUGACAUCCCUCACUUCAGUCAACUAGAGAUGGAAGACCAGGUUCUGCUGAUCAAGUCUUCCUGGAACGAGUUGCUUCUGUUCGCGAUCGCCUGGCGGUCUAUUGAGUACCUGGAGGAUGAGAGGGAGAACAUGGAUGGGACGAGAACUGCCUCUCCGCCGCAACUUAUGUGUCUCAUGCCGGGCAUGACGUUACACCGUAAUUCGGCUCUACAAGCGGGCGUGGGUCAAAUCUUCGACCGUGUUCUGUCGGAGCUUUCUCUGAAGAUGCGCGCUUUACGCAUGGACCAGGCAGAGUACGUCGCGCUUAAAGCCAUCGUCUUGUUAAAUCCAGAUGUAAAAGGACUGAAAAAUCGCCAGGAAGUCGACGUACUACGAGAAAAGAUGUUCUCUUGCCUGGACGAGUACUGUCGGCGGUCGCACAGUACGGAAGAGGGUAGAUUCGCAUCCCUCCUUUUGCGUCUACCCGCAUUACGCUCCAUUUCUCUAAAGAGUUUCGAGCAUCUGUUCUUCUUCCAUCUGGUGGCCGAAGGUAGCAUCAGCAGCUUUAUCCGGGAAGCUUUAAGGAUGCACGCACCGCCCAUAGACGCGAAUUCUAUGAUGUAGGUUAAAUUGUUAAAGGUAUCAUGUAUUGCAAAAUAAUAGUUUAUUAGUUUAGGAAAAGCAUAGGAUUGUAUCUGAUGUACCUAAAAUUUACAAAAAAUUAUAAACAAAUAAUUUUCGUGUAAUUAAUUAUUAAAGAAAGAUAGUACAUGUUUAGUAAAAUGAAUAUGUUAAGAGUUUAAUACUUCUUUGUUAUGAAAGCUAUAAAUAAUAUGGUCACAAAUCGUAUUAGCUGUUAAAUAUCCACAAAAUCGGAAAGUAUAAUACCAAUUUAGUCUAGUUAGACGUAAUACUGAAAAAUACUUACGUAUAAUGUUAUUGACAUCUCAAUGAAGCUUUCAGGGUUUAAUUUGAUUUAUAAUUUUCUAUACUUUACAAUAUGUGAUACUUUUAAUUCGUAAGAACGUAUGUUUACUUUAUUAAAUAAAUUGGUAACUCAAUUAGCGAACAUUACACGAACGUACGAACGACCCUAAGCCUGAUCAUUUUUUUUUAUUUAUAUUUAAUAUUGAAAAAUACUAUGUUUUUUUUAAUUAGAGAAGUCAAAACAUUCUUCAACUAAUCAGGGUUAUAGUAUACGUACUAUAUGUACGUAUACUGUAUAUGAUAGUAAAAAAUUACUUUUUCUAGUUUAUACCUACCCUAUGUGUAGAUCAUUUAAAGUUUUAUUGAAACAGACUCAGUGAUGCCCCAUGCCCCAGUUUACGGCCGUUUGUACAAAGUCUAUUUUUGUACAAGUUUCGUUUGGUAGAAUUUUUAACGAAUUUGAGAUUUGAAAAUCAUGCCGAUAUCGGGAAUAUUGUUUAAGUUAAUUUUAGUGUCAUAUCACGUGACAACCAAAGCUAGAUUUUGACAAAUUCUUACUAUAUUUAUUUUUGAUUUGCAUUUAGGUCUUGGUAGAACUACACAUAUUUACUACUUAUACAAAUUUAUUUUAAGAUAGGAAAUUUAUAUUGUGUACGCGUAUCGUCAUUCCGUAGUCUAAAGGCCCGUAUAGAAAAUACUUUUGUCUCUAUAUUUUUAUAUUAAUUCCGUUAUUGAUUGAAAUUAAUAAUUUUCCCCCUACGAAAGUUACAACAAUAUUAAGAAAAGAUAUAAUUUAAGUUAUAGAAUUUCUUAUGUCGUUUACAAUUUCUUAUAAAAUUAUAAUGAAAUAUUAUACAAAAAUACUUGCCAAAUUUAUUAAAAUCAUAAUUUUCAUUUCUAGUGAAUCUCGUUUUAAUAAAAGUUAUCUGCCUGAACACAGAAAAUAUACUACUGAAACAAAUGAUACACAAUUUUAUUGUAUUUUGCGUAAGUUUCUGUAUUUGACUUAAUGUUUUCGUUUUUACACUAUGUAUUGCGUAGCAGAUAUUUGGCAUUUCGAAUGGAGUCGCCGGGAGCCGAUUUCAUAUUCUUGGUGCUUUUAAAAGUUGCAUUAAUUGUACACUUGUAAAUACAUCACAAACUAAAUAGGCCUAUCAUUUUUAAUUAAUGUUUCGCAGUUAACAUUAAGCAGUAUUAGAAGUAAUUUUAAUCAAAUUCACUUUGUACAAAGUUGCACACGAAAUUAUCAAGAGACAGCUCAAUUAGAGAUUUCAAUUUAAAACCUUAUAAAUGUUCAAACAUAAAAUGUUUAAUUAGCGUUGUAUAACUUAGAGCUGGUUUUGACAAAAACCUUCUUCAAGAAGCUUCUUGUUAAAAUCGCGCUCAAGAUUAAUCAUUAUAAAAUUAUGUUUGGAAUAACUGUUAAAAUGUUGAAGAAUUAAUUCUAUGGAAGGUUGGAAAUGUAUUAGGGAGAUGUUGCAGCGGUUGUGAGAUGAUUUAUACUGACGUUCACUAAAUAUCUAAAUUUAAGUUAUAUUUUUUGUAUAGACAUAGCUUUAAGAUUAAUGGUGAAUAAAUAAGUCAUCAAAAUU